GUGUAAAUAGCCGCGGCGAGUGUCAGUCAGCCUCACUUUCCUACCACUGGCAAAGGCACAAGGAGCGGCGAUACUCCCCAGCGACUUUGUGACUGAACAGUGAAGUGACUCGGUGAUCCCAUCGCAUCCCACCUCGGGUGUACCUUCAUGUUAAGAGUGUGAAAGAAGAAGAUUAACACCAUGGUGAAAGAAGAGGUAGCAGACCAGCUGCUGGCAAUGGCAUCAUCACAUCUCUCACCAAAAGACUCUUCCAUAGCCUUGCCUAUCCUUAAGGAGAUCCUAAUACAGAGGGAGAAUGCCAGAUCAUCAGACCAUAUAAGUCCAGAAGAUGAAAGUCAUCUCAUACAUGAGCCAGAGUACCUUUCUGGCUACCACAAUCUUAAGGAAAAGAUUCAAAGUAGAAUUGAGUCCAAGGACAAGUUCUUUUCUCUGGAAUUCUUCCCACCAAGGACGAAAGGAGGUGCAGUCAACCUUUUGGCUAGGUUUGACCGCAUGCGUGAGGGUGACCCAUUGUUCUGUGAUGUCACCUGGCAUCCAGCAGGCAACCCUGGUGGAGAUACAGAGACCUCCUCUUUAACUAUAGCAGGUGCUGCCCUCAACUACUGUGGUCUAGAAACAAUGCUGCAUAUGACAUGCUGCAGCAUGACUAAAAGUGAGAUCUCCCACCACCUACAGCGAGCAAAAGAAGUUGGUAUUCGCAAUAUUUUGGCAUUGAGAGGGGAUCCUCCAAUUGGUCAUGAUGACUGGGUGGCUCCAGAAAAUGGGUUCAGUUAUGCUGCAGACCUGAUCAGGCACAUAAGGAAAGAGUUUGGCCAAUAUUUUGUACUUUGUGUUGCUGGCUAUCCCAAUGGACACCCAGAAGCAGUAUCUUAUGAGGAUGAUCUCCACCACCUCAAAGAAAAGGUGGAUGCUGGUGCUGAUUUCAUCAUCACUCAGCUCUUUUUCAAAGCUCAGACUUUCAUAAAAUUUGUGACUGACUGUAGAGCCAUUGGCAUAGAAUGCCCUAUCCUACCUGGCAUCAUGCCCAUUCAGAGUUAUGAUUCCUUACGACACAUUGUGAAGCUCUCUAAGCUGGAUGUCCCUCAAGAUAUCAUUGAUGCUGUGACCCCUCUGAAGGGCAAUGAUGAAGCUAUCAGAAACUAUGGCAUCCAUCAGACCACUACCCUCAUCAAAGAGCUUUUUAAUGCAGACAUGGCACCUGGAAUUCAUUUUUACACCCUCAACAGAGAAGUGGCCACAACAGCCAUUCUCAAGCAGCUUGGUCUUUGGUCUGCAACACCCCGCCGACCUCUGCCCUGGAAGAUGGCUGCCAAUCACAAGCGUAGUGGAGAGGAUGUUCGGCCAAUAUUCUGGGCCUCUCGACCUAAGGCUUAUGUAUUUAGAACACAGCACUGGGAUGAAUUUCCCAAUGGAAGAUGGGGCAGCUCCGAAUCUCCUGCUUUUGGUGAACUUAAGGACUAUUACCUGUUUUACUUAAAAAGCACAAGCACCAAAGAAGAGCUGUUGAAUAUGUGGGGUGAGAGAUUGGAGAGUGAACAAGAUGUGUGGGAUGUAUUUCACGCAUAUCUCACGGGCUCAUGCAACCCCAAGACUGGCAAGAAAGUUACAAAGGUUCCAUGGAAUGAUGAUGAACUCAGUGCAGAGACAGCAUUACUGACAGAAAAACUGGCAAAUUUUAACAAACGAGGAGUUCUCACUAUUAACUCUCAGCCUAAUGUUAAUGGAGCCAGCAGUGAGGACCCAGUGGUGGGUUGGGGCAUGCCAGGGGGUUAUGUGUACCAAAAAGCCUACCUUGAGUUUUUCACCAGCAAGGAUAAUGUUGAUGCUCUUCUCAAUGUUAUGCCUCUCUUCCCCCGUAUCAACUACCAUAUCAUCAAUCGUGCUGGCACGGAAGAUUUCAGCAAUUGUCAUAAGCACCGGUCAACUGCUGUCACAUGGGGUGCAUUUCCUGGGACAGAGAUAAUUCAGCCCACAGUUGUGGAUCCUGUCAGCUUCAGAGCAUGGAAGGAUGAAGCAUUUGGUCUUUGGGAGGAGCAGUGGGGUAAGUUGUAUGCAGAGAACAGCAAAUCAAGGGAGAUUAUCCAGCAUAUCACGACCAACUACUACCUAGUUAACUUAGUGGACAAUGACUACCCGAAGGAGCCCUGCCUAUGGGAUGUGCUAGAGUCCAUGUUUACUUGGAGGACACUGCGACAGGAAAAUGUAUUGGGGCUAUCAGAUUCACUGCCUCAAUGUUGAUCUUAUGGAGUGAUAGCAGAUCUGUUUCCUUGUUGUAGUUUGUACAGCAAACAGAGCACAAAGUGAAUUUUGUCACUGCCUUGUUUUAUGAAGGAUGAAGAUACAAAUACUAAAGAUCUCAUAAGAUGUAGAUAGGAACAGCCAGACUCAUCAAGUGUGAUUUACAUAUAGUUCAUAUACUCAUAUUUUUUUACAUGGUGAUUGGCUGCAUUUUUUAAAGGUAACAAUAGUAAAUAUAAACCUGUAAUUUAUAUAUUUUUGUGUAGUAGAGGUAGAUGUUUAGUUAUUUUAUGUAUAAAAUAAGGUGUCUUCUUCAGUUCUCAUAAGGAGUUAGAUUUUUAGCUCCUUGGAGCUCCGCCCACUAGACCACUGAAGAACAGACCAGCAGAGUUGCCUGGCAUGCUGCCCAAAGAAGAAGUGUCUUACAGUUCAUUAGUGAUGUGUCCCACACAGAGACUGCAGUAGCCUUAACCACUCACUCCUUGAAGUAUAUGGUAUUCAGAACUGAAUAGCUGGUCUUCGAGGCCUUGUGAUAUUGUCGAUCAAAUAAAAGUAAUCAUAUAGGGCUGAUCAUUGCUUCUUUUCUGAUUGAAGGAAAGAGACAUGCAGACACAUUGGUUAUUCUUGUUUAGUGGUUGUUCCAUCUAAAGAAUAGGCAUAUAGUAGUAUGCUGUAAUCUGGUUAAGACAUUCCAGGUUAAAAUGAUGCCUGAUGUUGGCCAAAUAUGAUUAGUAAAACCUGCUGCAUGAUACUGUACAUAUGGCAGUUUUGAAAUGAAAGAUCAGAGCGUCUC